UUAGGGCUUUGUUCGAAUAUCAGACUCUCAGAGAUGAGCAAGACGAGUGAAGAGAUUGAGAUUUUGCAGGGCGAUUCAAGAGAAGAACGAUUGAGGAAUUUUAUCGCUUGGUUUCCGGAGGAGGAUAAAAUUAAAUGGGAUGCCCACUACUACGUUGAUGAGGAUGGUGACCAUUCGAUGACUUUUGAGGAAUAUCAGAGUCACCGCCUUGACAUGAUCGAAACUGAUGGCUUCGACGUUCAGGACUAUUCAAAAGUUGGCGAUAUUGGAGUGCUUCUUCGGGUUCACAACCCCCCAGAAAAACCAGCUUGUGAAAAAAUUGUAGCUGAACUGCAAGAAUGCUCGGGUCGCGCCAUUGCCCACUACAACAAGGAACAUAAGACACAUUAUCGUGACGUGCAUGUGUUGAAGGCAAACUCGGAAGCUCUUUGUCCUUACAGGUACUAUAUCACGUUUCAAGCAUUGGACCCAGAAGACAAACAGACCGUCUUUCAGGCAAGAGUGAAUAUCUGUUUCCCUGAUUUCGAAAGAGUGGUCGAGUUGGUUAGGAUCAAGCCUACUAAGCUCAACCCUGUUUUCCUUCCUAAACUAGCUCUCAGGGGAGGCCAAAGUUCCGGACUUGUUUCAACGUCUGCUUCGUCAUCUGCUACCUGAUCAAUGUCCAUGAACCCAUAUGUUAUGUAUCUAACUAUCUAUCUUAUGAUAAAAUGUUUAAG